AUUCCCGGGAGCUGCUUCGAGUCUCUUGCUGAGGGAGAAGGAACAUGGAGACUGCUGGCAAAGUCAUUAAAUGCAAGGCUGCUGUCGCUUGGGAGGCUGGGAAACCCCUGUCCAUCGAGGAGGUGGAAGUCGCUCCGCCCAAGGCUCAUGAAGUUCGCAUUAAGCUGAUCGCCACUGGAGUGUGUCACACUGAUGCCUACACUCUGAGUGGAGCCGAUCCUGAAGGGCUCUUCCCUGUGAUUCUGGGGCACGAAGGGGGUGGGAUUGUGGAGAGUGUUGGAGAAGGAGUGACCAGAUUCAAACCAGGAGACAAAGUCAUCCCCUUGUAUAUUCCUCAAUGUGGAGAGUGCAAGUUCUGCAAAAACCCGAAAACCAAUCUGUGUCAGAAGAUAAGGGUCACCCAGGGGCAGGGUCUGAUGCCUGACAAAACCUCCAGGUUCACCUGCAAAGGCAAGCAGGUGUUCCACUUCAUGGGCACCAGCACGUUUUCUGAGUAUACGGUGGUCGCUGACAUUUCUUUGGCCAAGGUGGAUGAGUCUGCCCCCCUGGACAAGGUCUGCUUGCUGGGCUGUGGCAUCUCCACUGGGUAUGGAGCAGCCCUCAACACUGCCAAGGUUGAGCCCGGCACCACCUGUGCAGUUUUUGGCCUGGGAGCUGUAGGUCUGGCUGUGGUGAUGGGCUGUAAGGCUGCAGGAGCCUCUAGGAUCAUUGGGAUCGAUAUCAACAAAGACAAGUUUGAGAAGGCCAAGGAGUUCGGCGCCACUGAGUUCGUCAACCCCAAGGACCACAGCAAACCCAUCCAGGAGGUGCUGAUUGAGCUGACCGACGGUGGGGUGGACUACUCCUUUGAGUGCAUUGGCAAUGUGGGCAUCAUGAGAGCGGCUCUGGAGGCAUGCCAUAAAGGUUGGGGAACCAGUGUAAUAAUAGGAGUGGCUGGGUCAGGACAAGAGAUCUCCACCCGCCCAUUUCAGCUGGUUACAGGACGCACCUGGAAGGGAACGGCCUUUGGAGGCUGGAAGAGUGUGGAGAGUGUACCUAAACUGGUCCAAGAUUAUUUGGCAAAGAAGCUGAAGGUAGAUGAAUUUGUGACCCACACCUUGCCAUUUGAUAAAAUCAAUGAGGGUUUUGACCUCAUGCAUGCGGGAAAAAGCAUUCGGGCUGUCCUGAAAUUCUGAAGCCGGACUGUGGAGAGGCCACAGCUUGCAGUUUAGGUGCCUUAUCCUGCCACGGCAGCCAUGAUUUGAACAGUGUGGGAGUCAACUCAACUAAAAUGCACUCAAACAGUAGUUCAAAAAGUCCCUGCUUCCUGCAAAGUGACUAACAAUGUUAAAAGUUGUUAAAACAAUGUUAAAACUGACUAACAAAAUAAAAUUGAUUUAAAAAAAA